AUGGAAUAAAAUGGCAACUUUAUUGUUUAAAUAUGUAAUAAUUAAUUUUAUAGAAUGCUUUCACUUUUCACCUUUUUGGUUUAUUCAGUGGUCUCAAAUGAAUUAUUAUUCAUUUCUCUAGAAUCAGAGUAUCAUUUUAAAAUAUUUAGUAACCUAAUUUAUCCUAUGGGACUUGAGCUUUAAUCUGGAAUUGAUUAAGAAAACAAUAUUUAUUUUUAUGAUGUUACUUCUCUUGGUAUCAACACUGGGAGUGACAUAUUCACUAUCGGACGUAAAUAUUCCAAUAUCUUUCAGUUUGGAUAAAAGGAAAUUCAUAAUCAGAAAAGUAAUUUAUAAUGUCAAUAAUGUCAAUCGAUGGAGUUAGUGAAAUUGUUUAUUUAGAAUAUGAUCAAAUUAUGACAAUUGAAGGCAAUUCAUUUGAAUAUAUUGAUGAAGUUUGGGUCUAUUUGUUUUUUUUAUAAUUAGACCUUUCCUCAUAAUGGAUUUGUUAUUUGGAUUUAUCUAUUAACUAUGAUCUAUAAUGUCAAUAAUUUAGAGGGGAAGGAGAGUAUUAUCUUUUUAGCUUUUUAUAGCCUUCUAUUUCUUAAACAGAAUUUUAUGAAAUCUAUCCUUGGUAAGGGGAGGCUAUUUCAAUCACAGCUAAAUUGCUAAAUAUGCAAUAUGAUAUAUUUGACAAUCCUAUUAAAAGUUUAAUCAUUUCAAACUAUGUUGAGUUGAAUGUAAUAUUUGAUCUAAAAUUGUAUGAGAAAACUUAGACCAAGAUAUUAAAAGAUUGGAGUAAUAAUUAACACAUUGUAAAAAUAGGAAAUGCAAUAAAUCCUAUAAUUAUUCCAAAUCAAUAAUUAUUGUCAUUCUAAAACUAACAAUAUAUUGAAAUUGAAAAUUUUAAAAUUUCAAAUACAAUCACUAUUGAAUUUUAAUUAUUUGAUGAUAUUUUAACAGAUGAGAUCACACUAUUCAUAUUUUAAUCUAAAAAUUUAGCUAUAGAUGUAUUAACAAUUAAAGCAAAUUUCAAUACAUAAGCAUUAUUGAUUAAUUUAAAUAUGAUACCAAUUUAAGUAUGUUCAGUAAAUUUUGGAAGUAAAAUAAUAAUAGCAAUAAUUAAUGGAAUUUUGACAACAUCAAUAUUGAUAAUUCAAAAUGAAGAGUAAGUACUCUUGACUAAAGAAGUUUUAUCAUAUGAACAAGCUUUUUAAUUUCAACAUGUAGAUACCUUGACUAUUGGAAGCAAAGAUAGUAAAUAUUAUUAAUAAUAAAUUAGAUACAAAUAUUAAUUCAUUUAGAUUAUCUAAUAUAAGAAUAAGUAAUGGAUUCUAUUAUGUUAUAAAAGAACAAUGUGCCUUUUCAAUAAAUUAAUGUUAUUAUUGUCUAAAUGUAUUAAAAUUUUAAAUUUAGAAUUAUUAUUUACAUUAAGGAUAGUGUUUACCCGAAUGUCCAUCUAACUUUGAAACCAAUGAAUUUAGAAAAGAAUGCAUACCUUAAUGCCAUCCAACUUGUUUAACAUGUGAUCCAUUUAAUUUAUCAUAUUGCUUGACUUGUUCAGGUAUAAGAAUAAAAGAACCAAAUUGUAGUUGUCCCCCAGGCUAUUUUGAUGAUGGAAUCUCUCCUGAUUGUAUAGGUAUUAAUUGAUUUAAUUUAGAAUACUUGCCUGAUCUUACAGUAGAGAGUGGUAUCUUUGAAGGUACUUGUUAAAGUAAUAUUUAAUAAGAAAUUAAAUUUACAAAAAAAUAUCUCUUUCCUCCACUAGUUGCAAUCAGUUUAUUAGGCCAUAUAGCAAAAGAAUAAUAUUAGAAUUAAGGAUUUAUAUUUACAAUUUCUGCCUAAGAUAUCACCAAUAUCUCUUUUUUUCUAACAGUAAUAUGUAUGGAUCCAAAAGUUUACAUAAAAGUAUAGUGGGUGUCUGGUUACAGUAGUAGAUUUUUUAAUGUGAAUGAGAAUUUAAUUGGGGUAUUUCCUGUAGAUGUAUUUGAUGUCUCCAUUUAAAAGGAAAAUUUAGUUAUUGGAAAUAUUUUAGGAUGGAAUAUAGAUAAGUUUGAUGAAUAGGACAUUAAUUUAAAUUUAGAAAAAAAAUCAGAUACAAAUACUUUUGAAAUUACAACAAAUUUAUCUUUAGUAUAAAUAUUUUAUCAGUUAUUUGAAUUCACAAAUUAUGUUUAUGAUUAAAUAUUAAUAAGUUUAGAUUUGUGUAAUUAAGGGAAAGAUUUUUCAAUAGGAGGAGCACAUGGGAAUGUGAAUAUUAAACAUGUUCCUCUUAGCAUUCCCAGCUUUACAACCUUGAAAUAAUUUCACAAUUAAAAUUCACAUAUCUUAUAAUUUUACUUAUCAGAAAAUAAAAGGACUGGAUAGAUGAAAUACUCUCUUAAAACAUUAGGUUAAUAAACUACUUUCCCUUAUUUAAAAGGAGAUAUUGUUAUUUUUGCAAUUAAAUGUAAUAAUCAUUAUAAACCAUGUGAUUAUUUUGAAGAAUUGUAAAAAUGUCAUAAAAUAUUAUCAAAUUGUGAAUGCAGUUCUUCUUAAUAUUAUAAUUAAGUGAAAAAUUAUUGUGUAGAUUGUUCCUACAAUUGUUAAACUUGUGAUAUUCACUAUACAAAUUGUUUAACAUGUCCAUCUGAAUAUUAAUAAACACUACAAUAAGAUUAAGUUACAUUAUACUAUUACUGUGGAUGUAAACAAAAUCAAUUUCAAGAUACAAAUGGAAUUUGUUAAGAUUGUGAUCCUAUGUGUUUGUCAUGUGAAUAAACAAAAACUAAAUGUAAGAGUUGCAUUGAACCUAAAAAUUUAAAUGAAUUAAAUUAAUGUAUUUGCAACCCUGGUUAUAUUGCGACUUAGUUUGGAUGUGAAUGUAUAAUAUAUUUGUAAAUUUAGAGAGCGUUCGAGAUUUAUGUUCCUUUUUUAAAGAUGAUAAUUAAUGUGAACAAUGUGUUCCUUUAUCAUUAUUUAAUCCUAUAACUAAGAAAUGCGAAUGCAAUUUUGGGUAUUAUUAGGAGGAUCAAUAAUGCUUAGGUAAAUAAUAUUAAUAUUAUUAGCCUGUAAUGAACCAUGCAUAUCUUGUCUCUCAAGUACAAUUUGUUUAUCAUGUGUGGCAACUAUGUAUUUUGAUUAAUUUAGUUGCCAUAAAUGUUAACCACCUUGUUAUGAAUGUAAUUCAGAACAAUCUUGCAUUAGUUGUAUCAAUUAAACCUAUAUUUUGGAUGGUGAUUAAUGCUUGCAAAGAGAUUAUUCUAUACAACAAGAUUGUGAAGAAGGUUUUGAACUCUUAAAUAAUCAAUGCGUAUCAAUAUGUGGAGAUAGUUUAGUAACAAAUAAAGAAGAAUGUGAUGAUGGCAAUAACAUUUAAUUUGAUGGAUGUCAUUUGUGUUAAUAUUCUUGCCCUUAAAAUUGCACUGACUGUUAUUAAGGUAAUUGUUAAGAAUGUGAAAAUAAUUUUAUUUUACUUACAAAUGGUUAAUGUGAAUCAAAUUAAAUAUGUGGGGAUGGAAUAUUAAUGGAUCCGGAAUUUUGUGAUGAUGCUAAUACUAUUGGAGGAGAUGGUUGCAAUAAUUGUUUCAUAGAAUCUAAUUGGAAAUGUAAUGAAUUAAAUGAAUGCACAUUCUUUAAAGCUCCUUAAAUAAUUCUUAUUUAUUAAAACUAAACCUUUAAUAAAUAGUAUAUUUCAAUUACAUUUACCCAAAAAGUUAAGGUAUAUUCCUCAUUUCCUUUAUCUUAAGCAUUUGA